AUGUCUACCUUCAGUGGCGAUGAGACCGCUCCCUUCUUUGGUUUCCUUGGCGCUGCGGCUGCGCUCGUCUUCUCCUGCAUGGGAGCUGCAUACGGGACAGCAAAGAGUGGUGUGGGUGUGGCAUCGAUGGGUGUGAUGAGGCCGGAGCUGGUGAUGAAGUCUAUCGUCCCAGUUGUCAUGGCUGGUGUGUUGGGUAUCUACGGUUUGAUCAUUGCGGUCAUCAUCAGUACCGGGAUCAACCCAAAGGCUAAAUCUUACUACCUCUUCGACGGAUAUGCCCAUCUCUCUUCCGGUCUUGCCUGUGGGCUUGCUGGUCUUUCCGCUGGAAUGGCCAUUGGUAUUGUUGGUGAUGCUGGUGUCAGGGCCAAUGCUCAACAGCCAAAGCUUUUCGUUGGUAUGAUUCUUAUCCUCAUUUUCGCUGAAGCUCUGGCUCUAUACGGACUCAUCGUCGGGAUCAUUUUGUCCUCCCGAGCUGGUCAGUCCAGAGCCGAAUGA